UUUUUUUUUCUUGCCCGCCAGCAAAAGCUGGGCCUCGUCCCAGUUGAUGGAUGAAUCUUCCUUUGCUCCCUUUAAUUCCUCCUCGCUUCCCUUUGCCAAAUCGCAAUCAAGAGAGCCGAGGGCGCUCAUAAAUAUUCAACCGGCAGUCCGCUUUCGCUCGGCGCCAGCCUUGGGGCGGGGGGUCCGGCUUCUCCUUCCCCUGGUUGUUCUAGUUUUCCGAAAAGCGCACAACUCCGGUGGGGGGAUCAGGAGGAGAACCUCCUUUCUGCUUGGAUCAAGAGAAAGGCCCAGCUCCCUCCUCCUCCUCCUCGGCGUUCUGUGUAGGCAGGCAGGCUGACCAGUUGCUUCUCCGGAGAGGACAGAGAGCAGGAGGGUUUGACCGCUCAGCACCACGGAGAGCUCCCUUUUCCUAUUGUUGGCCUUGGGAACAGCAUCGCUCGGCCAUGGGUCGGUGGCCUCUCUUGGGGUCUGUGGUCCUUCUCCUCUGCCUGAUCGGGGCGGCCGACCGGGGGCUGGUGGCGGCCGACCGCCCCCCGCGAGAAUACCCCUUCAAGCACUCUUACCAAGGGCGUGAAAAGGAGCUGCUGGAAGAAUUGCAGGAGGUGCUGGAGAAGCUACAGCAUAAGAAAAUCACCACUUGGGAGAAGAAAUUCAACCAGGUCCCCAAGUGCUCUUUUGGGGACCCCUGCGCGGUCAGGAAAGGCGCCCGGAUCGGGAAGCUGUGUGACUGCCCCCGCGGAUCUGCCUGCAACGCCUUCCUCCUCAAGUGCUUGUGAGGAUGAUGGGCUACGUCGCCGCGCCGUCCCUCCACACUCACCCCCCCUGCAGCCCGACAGCAGCAGCAUCCUCCCUCUUAGGAGCAUCGGCCCCAGGAGCAGAAGGGAGGGAGGGGGAGAGCGAAGAGAGAUCCUGGCGAAAGGGGCCAAGCCUUGGAUGCAAUAAAAGAGAGCCUUUGAGCAUGCACAGA